UCUAGCUCGCUUGAAGUAAAGACUAAAUUUCCCUUAAACCUAACCAUAGAAUCCUUGGAAGAAACAAACGAAAAACAGAUCUAGGCUACCGGCUCACAAAUCCUCCCAUUCAAUCACUCGAGUCAGGGUCUCUAAAUAUCUAAAUGCGAACAUCAAAAUGAUAUUAAAAUGAACAAAUGAGUCACUAUCACUUCAUGUAGAAUUCCAGUAUUCUACUCUGAAGCGAUAAAUUUGUGACUAAUAAUACAUCAUAUUGAUCCACAGUGAGUCAUAUAUCAGCAUCCAUUAGCUACAGUGCGUUCUGAGUACGCACAUAGGCCAUGAAACACGCCACCUGUCUUUUGAUUUAAACAUUAUGAAGCAUGUCUAUGGAUUACACAGGUAAGACCACUGUACAACUGGUAGACGACGCGACAGACAUCUGAGGCUUGUAACAUGCUCAAAGCCUGUUUCACAACUUGAUGCACAAAUAUAAGAUAUGCUUCGUCAAUUCUUCUGCAAACUUUUCAUAUUGGUUUUCUACUUUAUAAAGUUGGCUCGAACUCAGCAAGUAGGAUUCAAUGCGGCCAUCGGUAGCAGCAUUUCUGCAAAUGUGACUUGUGGGUCUCCACCAGAGCAGUACUUCAAUACGAGACAGGGGUAUGUGAACCCUCGAGAUAGAGUUUUGUCCUUGUGCAAUGCCAGCGACCCAAAAUAUGCACACCCUGCUAGCAACAUGAUUGACGGGCAGUCUAGCACAUUCUGGCAGGGAGCUAACAAUGUCAGCGAUGCAUUUAUUACUAUCAAAUUCAAAGAGGCCAUUCUUGUAAAAACUCUAAAGUUCACAUUUGGAGAUUAUCGCCGUCCAGGCCAAAUCGCCAUCUACAAGUCGACUGAUUAUGGAAGGACAUUCUCUCCGUGGCAUUAUCAAGUCACAUCGUUGGCUGAAUGCACUUCAGUGUUCAAAAUACCGACGAACCUGAUAUUUCAGUAUCCAGACAGGGUUAAUCGGACAAUCUGUGUUGAGUACCAAAACUAUCCCUUGGAGUAUGAUGAAGUGGUGACUGUCCAGUUGAACGGAGACCAGAGAGGCGAUGGCUCAGCUAAUUUCGACUCACCAGAACUCAGGAGAUGGUUGAAUGUGACGGAUAUACAUAUCUGGUUUACUGGCUUGUUUAGAAAGUUUGAUUUCAUUGAUACAAGAUGGCAUCAUUACGUGGUUCGUGAAAUUGACGUCAUGAGCGUGUGUGACUGCUCUGGCCAUGGAAAUGGUUUGGUUUGUCCUGUUAAUUCCAAAACCGGUUUACGAGAAUGCCAGUGCUUGGGCAAUACAUGCGGUAAUAAAUGCGACAGGUGCUGUCCCGGAUUCAAUCAGUACCCGUGGAAACCAUCCACUGCGCCGUCCUGGGGAUUUGAUCCAGCAUCAGCCUGUGAACAAUGCAACUGUUUUGAUCAUAGCAGCGAGUGUGUUUACAACGCUACCGUAGAUUCCUUGCGCCUCAGUCUGGACAUUAAAGGGAACUAUUCCGGUGGAGGUGUAUGUGUUUUAUGCAAGGAUAACACAGAAGGCAUCAAUUGUCAGAACUGCCAGAGGUUCUUUUACAGACCAGAAGGAAGAGCAAGGAAUCUUACAAAUUCUUGCAUUGGUUGCGGAUGUUUUGCAAACGGAACCACAAAUCAAUCUGGUUUUUCAUUCCUUGAAUGUAUAAGAGAUGAAUCACAGGCAUUAAACUUCCCCGGAAAGAAAUCAGGGGAUUGUUUUUGCAAGCAAAAUGUAAAUGGCAGGACUUGCAAUCAAUGCAAAAAUGAAUACUACAGAUUAGAAGGAACAAAUCAACAAGGAUGUCUUCCCUGCAGUUGCCUUUUGCCUGGGACAGUUAACCGAAAUGCCACUUGUAAAAAGGAUUUCAAUGGACAGUGCUCCUGCAAAGCUAAUGUUCAGCUCAGAGACUGCAGUGAAUGCAAGGAUGGAUUCUAUGGUUUGCUUGACUCGGACAUUUCCGGAUGCAGAGAAUGCAGUUGUGAUGUCGGUGCUUCUUCAAGUCCCACAUGCAAUAAGACAACUGGACAAUGCCAUUGCCGAUCAUACCUCUUUGGUAGAACAUGUUUGAGUGUGUUGAAUGGGUACUACUAUCCGAGCCUCCAUUUUAUUUUUGGCUCAAGAAACCUCUUCGUUUCUGCGUCAGCUUCGCUUUCCACCACCAUAUCCGUACCAAAGACAACAUUAUACAGAAUUUACGUUGCUUAUAGCAUGUCAACAAAUACCAACAUUGUCCUUACGCUUCGACUACAGAAAGGCACAUUUAUUCUCUCAAAUGGGAAUUUCCCAACAACAUCAACAAGAUUUUGUGCUACAGAAUGCUUUGCUAUGUUUACAGUUUCUGCCACGAACAGUUUCAAUCUGGCAUUGGGAACAUGGAAUGUCACUGUUUCGUCGUCCAUCUCCCAGUCUCAGCUCAAGAUUGAGAGAGUCAUUCUUAUCCCACAAACAUUCUUCACGGCGUCCAUUUUGAGCUCCAUAAACCGAAGCUGGUUUCAGUCCAACUGCAAUGUAACAAACAAUGACAUGAGAAUUGGCACAGCAAAUGAACAACGUUGCCUAUCACAUGUGUACAGCUUAACAACGUACUUCAACAAUGGUGCCCUGCCGUGUAGUUGCAAUGUAAUUGGCUCAGUCAAUCAGACUUGCCAGACGUAUGCCGGACAAUGUCACUGCAAACCAGGUGUUGAUGGAAGAGAUUGCUCCUAUUGCCGUCCUGGGUUUUAUAACUUUUCUUCAUCUGGCUGCACACCAUGUAGCUGCAAAGGACUGAAUAAGAUCUGCGAUCCAGUUACUGGGGUUUGUCAAUGUCCAAACAACACUAUAGGACGAGUUUGUGACCCUUGCGCAUGUAACAACAACAGUAACGAAUGCUUCAGAAAUGGAGACUGUUUCAAUUGUGCCUUUAACACUACAUCGACACGAUGUGAACUUUGCAGGGAAGGGUUCUUUGGAGAUGCAAAAACACAAAGUUGUCGUGCUUGUGGCUGUCAUGUCCAUGGAUCAUUGAACCAAUCGUGUGACACAAUAAGUGGACAAUGUAAUUGCAAGGCAGGCGUUGUCGGACUCAGAUGUGACAGGUGUUUGCCCAACUACUACGGCCUAAUUUCAACUGGCUGCUUUCCUUGUAAUUGUAACAUCUUUGGCUCAUCAAGCACUCAAUGCGCCUCAAAUGGUCAAUGUCCCUGCAAAUCUCAAGCAUCCGGUCUCAGAUGUGACGUCUGUAUUGCAGGCUACUUUGGACUGCCAGCUAAGUCUUGCCAACCAUGCAGUUGUGACCCAGUUGGCACAAUAACUGGUACUGUUUGCAACAGAGACAUAACAGGGCAAUGUCAGUGUCGCUCUGGUGUUACAGGAAGAACCUGCAAUCAGUGCAUGAAACAAUACGUGAAUUUUUCAUCAUCUGGGUGUCAACGAUGCUCAUUAUGCACACGAUUGAUGCAAGCCUCAGUAGAUGUGAUGAAAACAGAACUCGUCACUCUGCAGACAAGGGUGAACGAGACUAAGAAUAUGUCCCUCCUCCAAGCAGAAAUUGUUAGAAUGCAAACCAAUGUAAACAAUUUACAGGUUGCUGCUGUUAUGUAUGACCAACGAAUCACAAAAGGACAAUCAGACUACCAGUACUUGACUACUACAUUUAGGAAUCCGUUAACGCAGAGACACAGCACCCUACUUUCAUCUAUCUCAAGUGUUACGCUUAAAGCAAACAGCCUAACCUCGACUGCAAUUUCAAACGUCGAAAGGAUGAAAACACUCGAAACAGCAGCGAACAAUGCUGCCUCGUUGACACGCACUGCUGCUUCAACAGCUUCGUCAGUUUUUGGAACACUUGCUAGCAUCACAAGUUCCAGCGACACCCUAGUUUCAAACACUUACAAAGAGAUCCAGAAAAUCUCUCUAUCUCUCCAUCAGUCUAUGCUCACCAGCAUCAAUGCAGACUUGGCCCUUUCCCAGGCCGCACGCAAUAAUGUAUCUGCAGCUGGGCAAAGUGCUCAAAGCCAGCAGUCAUUCUCAAACUCCAUGACGUCCAGCAUUCAAGAAUCCUCUGCAAAUCUGACUUUGUGGAAUUCAACGUGGAGACAGCAGCUUCCCCAGUUUCUUUCGGAUAUUCAGAAUGUUUAUAGGAGAGGCUCUGAUGUUCUGGCAAUUAUCAAUAGCACAAGGAUUUUGAUUCUACAACAAGAGCAAUAUAUGGCAGCCACCCGUGCAAGACAGCUAUCAGUGCAAGAAAUACUGCAGCAGGCAACAUCAGUCUAUACACAAAGCCUGGCCGUGUUUGAGCAAACCAAAUUUCAUACGACAACCGUCUCUGGGACACUGCAGGUUUCCAUCCUACAACACCUCGCUUCGACUCUAACUGUCAAGGUACUAAAUGGAAGGAAUCUAGUUGCUCGUGACUUUCCUUCGCAAUUGUCUGACCCGUACUUCACUGUUUCAAUUAAACCUGACUGGAAUUCAGUUGGAUCCAAGCAAUCUCGUCAUUUGAAUGGCACUCUCAACCCUAACUGGUCAAUUGAAGAUUCAUACAUGUUUGCGUUGACUCGUGAACAACUUCCGCAAACCAGUGUUGUCAUCAACAUAUUUGACAAAGACACAGGCAACCCAGAUGACUUUAUGGGUGAAGUUAUCAUUAGUCUGGCUUCUCUUCCUGGAAUUUUAACCGGAACUGUUACCAAUACAUAUUCAGUUAGACCUAAGGGCUAUGAUCUGAUUUGGUCUGGGUCAUUCAGUGCAAAUCAAAACAGUUUGGUAGACGUUCAGCAGAUUCUCUCGUCCCAGAUUUCUACGAUCGAGACGCUGAUGACGCAAGCAGAAGGCGCAGCCACUCAGGCCCAGACCGCUGCCAAUAACCUACAGUCUCAGGCCAACCUCCUUUCAACAUCAUUUACAUCUGCUAAAAGUCAUGCAUCUGCCGCAGUGAAUGCCGUGAAUACGUAUCGUGAAAUCUACAGACUGAUAAACAGUUCUCUAGAAACAGCAAAGCUGGCAAACAACUCUGCUAACGAAAUUCUUAAACUUAUGCAAAGUCUCUCACUAUCAAACUUGCAGGCCAAGGCAGAUGCUUCAUUAGCCGAGGCACAGGCCCUGCUCGCAACAUCCACUGCAAGAAAUGUUUCUGUUCCUUAUAUUGUGUUCUACUUGCGAUCCGAGACCCUCCGCAACAGUGAUAUUACCACUCCACGCUCAAUUAUUGAAAUAGAAGGCGUGGACUACAGCAAGCAUCUCAAUGGAUUCAACAUCGUCGUUAUUGACAGCAAAACUGGAGUCGUCGAAUCUUCAGUAAAUUUUCGAGUUGAUGUCGAUCAAAGUGCAACCAUGGCCAUGGUUAAUUACCUAGAUGCCAUUCCAGGACAAAAAAUGGUAGCAAUGGUUAAACAAAGCCACGCUGAGGUUUCAUCCUUGUUCCAAGCGAUGUUGAUUGGGCAACUCAUGUCUCUUGGUGCCAUUCCGCCAAUUUGGGGUGGAACGUGGGGCUCAUAUGCUCUGCUUGGGUACAAAAAAACCGCAGGAGAGUCAGUGACAUGGGUGAGACAAGUUGGGAAAAAUGAAGGGAGAGGAGCCAGUGAAAUAAGGCAAACUGUACCACUACGGAGCACUUUGAUGGAGCUCGUGACAUCGGCCAACGCGACCUUUCAAAGUGCAUGGCCAUAUUGGCAAGAAGUUAACAGCAGAUUCACAACAUUGCAAUCGGUAACUGAGCGAUUCCUGCUUACAGAAUCAAUAGCUACCAUCGUUCAGUCAUCAUUACAAGCCGCAAAUAUCAUCCUGAAACAAGCAACUGACUCUGCAUCACGUGUGCUACUCGAAUCAAUUCAAUUCAACAGAACAAUUUACGAAAUAACAUUAAAAUAUAACCAAAUUGUCUUCAUGGUUGGAAAUGCUUCCUCACUCAUAUCAAAUGCUACUUCUUCGGUUUCUCAGGCUGAAACAAGACUGCCUUUCCAAUUCAACAACGUCAACACAGCCAAGACUCUUUCCAGUCAAAUCAACUCUACAAGCCAGCGAGUCAGUAUUCAUUUGUCUUCAAUGGAAUCGAAGCUAGCCAGACUGAAAACACUGACGUCUCAAAUACCCUUUGCAAUCCAGUUUGAUGUUUCAUCUUCGGUUGUGUAUCAGCUGCAAGGCUACACAAACAGUAUAACCAAAGUUUUUUAUAAUGAUAUUGGAUUCGAUUUCAAAGCAAAUGCUAGCAAUGGGCUAGUUUUUUAUAUUAUUUCGCAGCCUGGAAGGAUGCAACAUUCAAUUGGACUUUAUCUUCAAAAUGGCUUUGUUCAUCUUAUAUACCACCUUGGAUUUGGACAAACUGUGAUAAGAAAUGACAUGAAGAUCACGCUAAAUCAGUGGUACUAUGUCCAUGUAGCAAGGCAGGGUAAACGAGGAAUACUGACAAUACGACAUUCUUCAGGAGUCGUAAACUCCGCUCAGGGGGAAUCAAUCUAUUCUGGAGAUUCUAAUACAAUGGACUUCACCUCAGCAAGCCGUGUUUACUUGGGAGGUUUUGCCCCCGGCUUUAUGACAAGCAUUGUGACCCUGUAUGGCCAGUACAGUGGCAUAAUUGACAACCUGGAAAUCAACACUAUCAAAUACAAUCUUUGGAGCCAAAUUUCGUUUUUUGGCAGCCCUUCGUUUGCUGCAACUCGUUACGGAUUUAGGCCAACGAUAUCCGGUACGUGGAUAAGUUUCUUUGGCAAUGGUGCAUUGCAGCUAAGAACCGGACCUUUGCAAAUCAACGCUGACUACUCGGCUGUUCAGUUGGAGUUCCGGACGCUCAGGGAUAAUGUUGUUGUUCUUGGUGUCACUAAUAUUGCCGGGUCAUUUGUCUAUGCACUGUAUCUUAUUGGAGGCAAAUUGCUCUUUCAGUUUUCAUCCGGAGUCGGUCAAAAUGCUGCAUUGAUAACUCAAAGGAAUACCUAUGUCGAUGGACGGUGGUACAGGGUUACGAUGACUCGUACUUCAAUUAACGCGACUCUGUCAGCAACACUUGUUGGAUCUACAAAUGCUGUCCACACAGAAACGGUUAACGUCUUUGCUCAAACUCAACUGCCGCAAGGGUUUCGCAUCAUUCUUGGAGCACCACCUUCGACUAGUUCACAAGGCUUGCCAACAACUGGUACAUACGCAGGGGAUAUAAGAAAUUUCUACGUUAGUUAUUACACAACGAAGCAGAUGCAAUUGAGGAGUUUUAAUUCAGCCGACAGGGUAUCUGAAUCUGGGACAAGCUAUUAUGGAAUGGUCGCUGGCCAGGUGGUUGCCGGAGUGCAUUUUUAUGGCUUCAUGUGGUGGAAAAACUUCGGCUCCUACGCAGCGUUGGUGCCAGACUCUGGAAUGAAUUUGAUGACGUCAUUGUCGUUGGUCUUCAAAACAACCCAGCUAACCGGUACUAUAAUGUACAGCAGCGAAAAUACUCAGUACCUUCGUAACCAGGGAGCACUUGUUUACUUCUACGUGGCCUUGUUUGGUGGCAAUUUAGUGAUAACUCUCCAUGAUAGUAAUUUUGCAACACUUUCGCCAUACUUGAGUCAAAAUUUAACCUUGAGUGAUGGGCGAUGGCACAACGUCUCUCUCAACUACAUCGUGUCAAGUUUCCGAUAUCAGCUGCAUGUUGACGGGGUACUGGUGCACUCUGGCUGGUUUGGCAACUUCCAACGAGAAAUAGCAGCAAGCAACCCCCUGUAUUUUGGUGGCAUUCCUGCAUCAAUGAGCAUUCCAUUUGCUAUUCCAACGCGAGUUUCCCUUGAAAUGGAUGUCCAGAGCCUUAUUAUCAAUAGCAGGAUUCAAAACUUUCACUCGAGUACAUCUUACGGAGUAUCGUACGCAGGCGUUGCACCCAGUUCCUUUGCUCCGCUACCACCCGGUCCUUUACCGACAUGCGGUGCGGGCUUUUCGUCUCCGGUUUCAUCAACUGAAGUAAACCAAAUCCAGUUUGGCAACCUCCCGUGGCUUGGGAGAGAAAGCUACAUUGGAUAUAAUAUGAGCGAAGAGCAAAAGCGCUUUUUUAAAUCCAGUUUUGUAGUCACAAUUGACUUUAAAGCUACAUCAAAAGACGGUAUUGUAUUUUACACUGCCGACAAUGCAACUGCACCAACACAACACAUUUGUUUGGAACUGGUCAAUGGGAGGCUUCAGUUUCGAUUUGGGCUUGGAGCAAACAGUUUGAUGAUUUCAACGACUAAUGAUUAUGCGGAUGGGAAAUGGCAUUUGAUCCACAUGCUGCGCAUCAACACAUUUGGUGCAAUUUUACUGCCCAUUUCGAAGGAGUAUCAGAGCAAUCAUAUAUCGACUGUACCAUCUGACAUCGGAAUUAAUACUCCCUUGUAUAUAGGUGGCAUACCAAACUCUGUCAAUGCGCCAGUCUUUUCAGGUCGUAGGACGGCAUUCAAUGGGUGCAUUCGAAGAUUCGAGAUAGCAUCCUCGUUUCAGUUCUUCUCGCUUAACUUAGCAGCACCAGAUAUUCGUCCAUUUUCCUCAGGACCUUCUUCCUGCUACAUCAAUAUCGAGCCAGGCACCUUCUUCAAUGGCUCUGGAUGGAUAUUCUAUGCCAAUAAUUUCCAGCUGGGAGCGAAUUUCUCCUUUUCCAUAAGUUUUAAGACCAACAAACGUUCAGGAGUGUUAUUCUACCUCUUCAGUAAUGACACACAGAAUGGGGCAGGGAAUCAAACUGUGAAUGCAAGAUUCAUUGUUGCUGAAUUGAAUCAUGGCAAGAUCUACGUCAACUACAAACCGAUGCUGAAUGAAGCAUUUGAAACAGCAAUAUGGAGUGACCCUAAGUCAAACUCAUCGUACUUGAUUUGUGAUCAACAAUGGCAUAACCUGCAAAUCAAGCUUCAAAGCAACGCCAUUUCAAUCACUGUUGACUCUGUUACAACCAGUUCUUCUUUCAGUCGAAGUGGCAACAUUGCAGGCAACCUGUAUAUUGGUGGAGUGCCAAGUCACAUUGUGAAGCCUGGUAGUCCAGCGAAGUUUUUUGGUGGAUGUUUGAAGUCAAUUAUUUUCAACACAAGACUUCAAAUAUACAAUGCAAACUUUGGAAAGAACGUUCAGUUAGGCUGCCCUACAUAGCAUUAAAAAUUGAUAUCUAAUUUAACCAUUGAAAAUUCUAUUCCAGAUGGUUGCCAUGCUUUUGUAAAUCGUUUUAUUAGAAAUAAGAAUUUCUUGUACUUGGCAGCAAAAUGUUGAAUUUAAAACAAAUUUUCGUAAAAUUUUUUAGCUACGUUUUAUCAUGAUGCAAGAAAUGUUAGCUUCUUUUAUCUA